AGUCUGCCCAUGGUGAUGGUCUGCGGCACGCAGUGACAAGUUGAGUCCACUCAAAGAUAGCCAGUCAUGUAGCUUUAGUUCGUACUCGGUCUUCAAACACAUUCAAUGGCGAAGCGAACGACGGCAUCGUGUCGUAAUUAUAGAAUAUAUAUUUUUUAUUGCUCACAUUACAACGUGUUUUGAGCGGUAGUGGUUUUUGACGCGCGUUCUUUUGGCAUACCAUUUUGGCAGAGCGCGCCCCACUCUGAAAGUGACACCUUGGAUCGUUGACGGAUUGGGGAAAAUGCCUCAUCAAAGUUUGUCAUCGUUAAGAACUCAAACUUUACAAUUAAUAUAUUUAAGCUUUUGCAAAAUUAACUUGGAAUGAAUGAAGAAUGCAUAUCGUUUGGGAAAUAUUUUUGAUUUUUCAAGCAUAUUUCAUCUGUACAUCAGCACAGCUAAUUUCACCAAAGAUUCAUGAUGGUUGGUGGGCGUACAAAGAUGCCGUCCAAGGGAGCUUUGUUCCAGUACCAUCCUUCUGGGGGCUAGUGAAUUCCGCCUGGAACCUGUGUGCCAUGGGAAAGAGGCAGUCGCCGGUCAACGUCGAGACCAGCCACAUGAUCUUUGACCCCUUCCUCACCCCUCUACGUCUCAACACAGGCGGACGCAGCAAGAUGGGAGGCACCAUGUACAACACAGGGCGCCACGUGUCGCUGCGGCCAGACAAGGCUCACCUGGUGAACAUCUCCGGUGGGCCUCUGGGUUACAGUCACCGGCUGGAGGAGAUACGCCUGCACUUUGGUAGCGAGGACGGCCAGGGCUCGGAGCACCUGCUCAAUGGACAGUCCUUCCCUGCAGAGGUGCAACUUAUACACUACAACCAGGAACUCUAUGCCAACUACAGUGAGGCAGCCAAGAGCCCCAAUGGCGUAGCUAUUGUGUCCAUAUUUAUAAAGAUAUCCGAGUCUCCAAAUGUAUUCCUGAAUCGCAUGCUGAACAGAGACACCAUCACGAGAAUAACAUACAAACAUGACGCAUUCUUACUCAUGGGGCUCAACAUAGCAGAUCUAUAUCCAGACACUACACGUUUUAUAACAUACGAGGGCUCCAUGACUAUCCCGCCCUGCUUCGAGACAGCCACCUGGAUCCUCAUGAACAAACCUGUGUACGUCACACAGAUGCAGAUGCAUUCUCUGCGACUGCUAAGUCAGAAUGAGCCAUAUAAGAUAUUCCUCAGUAUGAGUGACAACACGCGGCCCGCCCAGCCUCUCCUACAGCGCUGUAUCCGCACCAACAUCAACUUCAGCAAGCAGGGCCGGGACUGCCCCAACAACCGUGCCCUGAGGCACCAGUAUCGAGUAAACCAGUGGCUUCUGAAGUAGGAAAAAGAUGAACAUGCUGUACAAUACAACAGGAUAAAAACUAAAUAUGCCAUCCUGAUUCUCAAGACUUUAUUUGAAUGUGGAAAUACUACAUUAUCAGCAGAGAGGCUGUUUUUUGAAUAUGUUUGAGAUUGCAAAGUAAGACAAGGAAAGAUUGAAAAGUGUAACUUCUAAGGCUGCACAACUGUAAUUCUUCUACAGAGCUUAUGGAAAUGGGCUGAAUGGAAAUUCAGCAGGCUCCGCCAUUUACUGACCUCUGCAGUGGAGAUAACGAGGACCUCUUUUAUGACAUCAUCAUCAUCAGAUUCACUUGAGUACCCAAAGAUCUCAAAGGACCAACACUUCUUGAAAUUAGCUAAAUGUAAUCACAGAUACAACCAUAACGUGUUUUGAUACCAAAAGCAUUCCAUCAGAUCUAACAUCAAGCUAGGAAUCUGAAUAUGACGGGUGCUCUUCUGGUGAUGAAAGCUUCUACAUAACCAUGUCACAAGCAAAAGGUGUACUGAAUAAAUGUUACAAAUGCAGAAACAUUUCCUGACCAUGUGACCUAACCAGGAAAAAUUCUGGGCCCCAGUAAAACACCAGGGCAAGAUAUUUUCCUGUUCAGGCCACAUAGUCAGGAAACACUCCUAGCCAUAGACUUGGUAGAUCCAGUAUUUUAUACUGUAUUUACUAAACUUUUCUAGCCAUUUUGGGCCAUUUGCCUUUUCUCUGUUUAAUUGUUUACAAUUUCAUUCUGUUUAUUUCAAUGAUAGCAGCCCAAUUAACAUGUUUCAGAGAAUUAUCUAAGAUAAAAUAACACUUUACAUAAGGCCUAUAUAGUAUAUGCUGUUUAAGAAUUGUAUAUUGUCUAGCACUGAAUAGAGCAUGGGACGUGAUUUGUCUGCAAAUUCUUUAAGCAGUCACAAGGCAUUCCUUAUCAAUUAUUUAUCCUCAUUUUCAAUUCAGAGCUGUGUAUGGCGUUACAGGCAAUGUGGGUUUGUGUGUGUGCGCACAUGUGUACAUUACUGUGUGUGCACUCUCUCCUGAGCAUUGUAUUUCUCAUUAAAUAGGAUAAAUCUCCUCGUUUUGUGGCAACGAAACAAAUACAAAUGUAUUUGUCACAUGCGUCAAAUACAACAGGUCUAGAGUGAUAUGCUUACUAACAAGCUCUUUCCCACCGAUGCAGAGUAAAACAAGAAGAUAAAAACACAAGGGAAAUAACACAAGAAUGAAGCUAAAUACAAGGAGUACCAAUAUACCAUAUCAAUUUGCAGGGAUACGAGGUAGUUGAGGUAAGUAUAUACAGUGCCUUCAGAAAAUAUUCACACCCCUUGACAAAGUAGGAUUUAUAUGAAUUGAAUUGUCAUUUUUUGGGCAACAAUCUAAACAAAAUAGUCUAAUGUCAAGUUGGAAGAAAAAUUAUCAUUUUUAUUUUUAAUUAAAUGGAAAAUAAAACACUAAGUAUUCAACCCCUUGAGUCAAUACAUGUUAGAAUCACCUUUGGCAGCGAUUACAACUGUGAGUCUUUCUGGGUAAGUCUCUAAGAGCUUUGUACACCUGGAUUGUACAAUAUUUGCCCUUUAUUAUUUUUACAACUCUUCAAGCUCUGGUUAUUGGUCUUUGCUAGACAGCCAUUUUCAAGUCUUGCCAUAGAUUUUUAUUUUUUUUGCCAAUUUAAGCCAACUUUAACUAGGACACUCAGAAACAUUGAAUGCCGUCUUGGUAAGCAACUCCAGUGUAUAAUUGGCCUAGCCUGGCUAUUGGCCUGGCUAUUGUGCGGCUGAAAGGUGAAUUUGUCUCCCAGUGUCUGUUGGAAAGCCAACUGAACCAGGUUUUCCUCUAGGAUUUUGCCUGUGCUUAGCUCUAUUCUGUUUUUUUUGUGUGUUUUUUAAAAACUACUUAGUCCUUGCCAAUGACAACCAUACCCAUAAUAUGAUGCAGCCAACUUCAUGCUUGAAAAUAAGAAGAGUGUUAGUCAGUGAUGCUUUGUAUUCAGGACAAAAAGUUUAUUUCUUUGCCACAUCUUUUGCAGUAUUACUUUAUUGCCUUAUUGCAAACAGGAUGCAUGUUGUGGAAUAUGUGUAUUCUGUACAGGCUUCCUUUUCACUCUGUUGUUUAGGUUAGUAUUGAGGAGUAACUACAAUAUUGUUGAUACAUCUUCAGUUUUCUCCCAUCACAGCCAUUAAACUCUGUUUUAAAAUCCCCAUUGGCCUCAUGGAGAAAUCCCUGAGCGGUUUCCGUCCUCUCCGGAAACUGAGCUGGGAAGGACGCCAGUAUCUUUGUGGUGACUGGGUGUAUUAAUACACCAUCAAAACUGUAAUUAAUAACUUCACCAUGCUCAAAGGGAUAUUCAAUGUCUGCUUUUUAUUUUUUACUCAUUUAGGUGCCCUUCUUUGUGUGGUAUUGGAAAACCUACUGUACAUGAUAUUUGUGGUUGAAUCUGUGCUUGAAAUUCACUGCUCGACUGGGGGACCCAGAUAAUUGUAUGUGUGGGUUACAGAGAUGAAGUAGUCAUUAAACACAUCAUGGUAAACAUCA